UAGUGAUUCAAACGAGGCAAACAUCCACUCCGGAAGAGAAAAAGCCAUUCAACAGUGGAAUUUACGUACAUACGGCAUAUUCUUUCGGUUGAAAAGCCUUUCUGCUCUCUAUCCUUCUCAGUUCCCACUGCUCACUCCAGCUCGCUCGAUAGAGAAAGCACGCGAGAAUGAGCUUCCCCCGGUCAUCGUUAUUGUGUCAGAAGUCAUUCGGGUUCCAUUGCUUUGUUUUUUUUCUUCUGUUUGCUGGUUUUUCUUUUUCAGAGGAUCCCUACAUCUUCUUGGACUGGGAUGUCUCCUUUAUCAUGGCUUCUCCUCUAGGAAUCAAGCAGCAGGUUAUUGGAGUUAAUGGCCAGUUUCCCGGACCAAUAUUGAAUGUCACAACUAAUUGGAAUGUUGUAGUAAAUGUCCACAACAACUUAGAUGAGCCAUUUCUUGUUACCUGGGAUGGUUUACAACAACGAAAGAACUCUUGGGAGGAUGGUGUUUUAGGGACUAAUUGCCCAAUUCCUUCUGGUUGGAAUUGGACGUACGAGUUUCAGAUCAAAGAUCAGAUAGGAAGUUUCUUUUAUUUCCCUUCCAUCAAUUUUCAAAGAGCAUCAGGUGGUUAUGGUGGCAUUAUCGUAAAUAAUAGAGAUGUGAUUCCUGUGCCUUUUGGGACACCAGAUGGAGAUAUAACUCUCUUUAUCAGUGAUUGGUAUACAAAAGACUACAAGGAUGCACUGACAUUACAGGAAAGCAGGAGCUUAGAAAAAUCCUUGACGAGGGAAAUGAACUUGGUGUACCUGACGGAGUCCUUUUCAAUGGUUUAGGUCCCUUUCGCUACAAUGAAUCAGUUGUUCCUGACGGCAUUGUGUAUUCAACAAUAAACGUCGCGCCUGGUGA